UUCAUUUAAGCGUUACUGUUUGCCGAUCCUGUUUUACCUGCAUUCACUCAUUAUGAUUAAGAAAAGUGUUUGUUAGCAACAGUAAAAAGUGUGCAUGAAUGCAAAUGCUGGAAACCAACAAUGAUCCGACAGAAUGUUAGUUAGUUAAUUACUGCGGAAUUAAACACACAGCAAAACUUUAACGAAUAUAAUACAUAUAUCAUACCUGAAAUAUCUUAUGUAACUUUCAAUAUUUGUAGCUCCGUAGGUAACAAAACGGUUAUUGCACUUAUUGUUUUAUUAAAUAACAGUAAGGAAUUUAACGAAUACAUUUUUUCAAAUUUUGGAUGUUUGAUAUUCAUGGAUAAUAUCUUAAUAAAUUAUGGAAUUUACACAAACAUGUUAUAGUUAAAGGACUUAUCGAUGUGGAUCUACAUAGAACAAAAGGUAACAAUUAUCGGAUGCCAGAUUUAGAUCUGGUCGGCGGUAACUCGGAUCGCAAAGAUGAUGGACAGUAUUAUUGGGUCUGUAGGACGGGUAGCUAACGUCAAAGUCCGUAAUGAUGACGAUCUUGUAGACCGUUUGAAUCAUCUUUACACGACAGGUGUCCUUAUCAUCUUCACAGUCGUCGUCAGUGCUAGACAAUACGUCGGCGAUCCUAUAAGAUGCUGGUGUCCGGCCGAGUUUCCGGGAACACAUGUGGACUAUGCGAACAACAUAUGCUGGAUCUCAAACACAUACUAUGUACAUAUAGAGGACCCUAUUCCUUUAAAUGUUCACGAAAAAGAAGGAAAAGAACUGAACUAUUAUCAAUGGAUACCUGUGAUGUUACUUGUACAAGCACUUCUUUUUUACUUGCCGUGCAUAAUUUGGAGGUUGUUGAAUGGACAGUCCGGAAUAAACGUUGACAGAAUUGUCUCCCUUGCUAGCGAUGCACAGUAUGAAUCUCCGGAAAAUAGAAUCCGGACUAUUAAGUAUGUGGUGCGGCAUUUAGACCGCUGCUUAGACAAUCAAAGAGAAAGUAGAUCCACGUGUUGUGUAUCCCUUCGCCAUUUUCUUUCUGCAAAGUUAUCCAUAUUAUGUGGAAAGAGAUAUGGGAACUAUUUAGUCGGAGUAUAUUUUCUUACCAAAAUAUUGUAUAUAUCAAAUGCCAUAGGCCAGUUAUUUUUGCUCAAUGAAUUUUUAGGCCAAGAAUUUAAUUUAUUUGGAUUUCAAGUACUGGAAGACUUGAUAAAUGGGAAGGAAGACUGGACAGCAAGUCAUAGAUUUCCACGUGUGACACUCUGUGAUUUUCAAAUCAGGCAGUUCAACAAUCUACAUAGAUAUACCGUACAAUGUGUUCUUCCUAUAAACUUGUUCUCAGAAAAGAUAUACAUUUUUCUAUGGUUUUGGUUUGUCUUCUGUUCCAUAAUGUCGUGUUACAGUCUAGCCAAUUGGAUUUGGUACACUGUCUUUCCAACUGCCCGGAUGCAAUAUGUGCGCAAAUUCCUGCGCGUUAUGGACCGUAUAGGAUCCGGUCCGGAAAAGAAACUUGCCAAUAGAUUCACAAUGGAAUAUCUGAGACACGAUGGUGUUUUUACUUUAAGACUUGUUGGUAAAAAUUCUAGUGACAUAGUCGUAGCAGAAAUUUUAGCAGGAUUAUGGGAUAUGUAUAGAACUAAAAAGGCUGCGCAGAUAAGAAAUAACUCUCUAGGAAAUGAGUUUGACGAGGCUGCAGAGGACGUCUGACUAUAGGAAAUCAGCUUCCAGUACGACAUCUUCUUCCGGUUAGUUACUUCCGGUUGAUUGCAAAAUUCCAGAGGUUCGGAUGGAACAGCGUGAAGAAUACAUGACAGACACACAAGUUAUCGGAAGACUAAAGUAUGACUGACCUUUUUCUCUGAGUUCUUGUAUUUAUUACUAAGUCAGAGUCAUAUGGUGUCCAUCUCGCAGAAAUAACAUGCCUUACAGACAGAGUAUUGAGCUGUGUGUGAAUGAUAAAACAGAUCAGAGAUGUCUUACGGCAUAUCAAACAAAAGUUACUGAAGUCAAGGUUGAAUUAGUAUUACAUAUUGAAACAUCGAUAUAAAGCGCCCGAGUCCCAGCAUUCCUUAACAGAGGUUACUAGUAAUGAGAUCUGCCUGGCAUUUCCACCUUGACAGGCACUGAAGCAACCUAGUUACAAACUGGACUGUAGUCUCGGCCACAAAACUUAGAUUUUAUAAAUCUUGACGUUAUUAGCUGAUGCGAAGAAUGGUCAAGGUCUUUCAUUUACUUACUGUUUCAAUUUUCUAUUACCAAGCUAAAACGUAAGAUUAAAUAUCCAAACUUGUGUUGAAUGAAUAAAGAAAUUAGCAAGUUACACUUAUUUACAGAAAAUGUGUUAUGUUAUAACGGUAACUAGAAAACAUUUAGUUAAAAUUACAACAUAUACAAUGGUUCCCAUUUACAAUAUACGUUAUGGUUCCAGGCUUGACUUUUAUUUACGCUUCAAAAUCACUAAAGUGUUCUAAGACAAUGAAUUGUUCAGACCAAAUAUAUUUAUAAAUAUAAGUAUAGCGCAGAAAUCAAAAUUGUAACAAUAUGUUAACAUGUUUCAAUAUCACGUGACAUCAUUUAUUGAAAUAAUAUAAAAUCAGUUAUAAAAGUUAUCCAUUCAAUUUCACUUAUUAAUCUCUGUAAAUAAAAGUGCAUGUUUUGUAGAAUACCAUCAACUGUCAAAAACAUUUCACUCAUUUUGAGCCUAAUAUAUGUCUUUGUCCAGUUACGAAGUGAAAACGUUCAAAGUGUAAACACGUGUACGUCAGAUUUUAGCACGACUACGAGAUAAUUAACCAAGUGCACGUCAGAUUUUAGCACGUGCAUGUCAGUUCAAGCACAAACAAGGAGAAUAACAUUGCACCAUAUUUCUAUGCAAAACUUUAAUUACUGUAGAAUUACAUAUUGAUCAAAAUCUUAUAGUUAAACAAAACAAGAGGUGUACCUGUUUAUACAUAUUUUAUUGAUUUAUAAACACAUUAACAAUUUCCUAAUUAAAUAUGUUUAAGAUAAGCGCAACAAAUCAAGUACACAUAUCUUCCAGUUUUGUAGACUGUAUUCUAACAGAUACUUAUCUUUUUCCACAUUUACUUGAACAGAUGCGCCGUCAGUUCUCAUGUGUUGAUCUGAUUGCUACAAAUCUUGUUUGAUUUUUACACCAGUAUUUGUGAUAGAUUCAAGACAACUAUUCACUGUAUUAUUACACAAAUGAUCUUUGUUUUUAUAUUAACAGUCUAUUUGUAAGUACAAUGUUGAUUUUUAUGGGAGGAACUGUUGUGUAGGAAAAAGGCAGAUGACACCGACAAAAGAAAAGUGACGCUGAUUGGUCUUCGUCGGUUCCCUAUUACGUCAUUUUAAACAUAAUUAUAAUCACUUUAUAAGUUGUCACAUGCACUUUGCGACAAUUUCUUUGACACCUCUCAUUUGAAUAUCGGACGAGUCAUCACUUUUUUGCGUCGAAUCGUCGGAUAUUUCAAUUCAUGCAUCAUUUUAAGCCCAUAUAUUUAAUUCAAAAUUUAGAUGGUUAUUGUUUAUAAGGCAUAAAUUUACAGAACAUGUAUAUGUGUGGAGAUAAAACGCAGCAAAGCUGUUUACACACGAAACUCAAUAUGCCUUUCAUUACAUUUUAUCGAUUUAUCACAUAGCAUCAUUUUUUAAUUACCGUAGUUGAACUAUGCACAAAUUGUACACAUAUGCAUGUUUACACUAGAAAGAUAUGCAUAUAUCUAUAAAGUGCAUUCUACACAUUUAAUUACUUUGAAAUAGUUUUAGUUUUACAUCAUUUAUCUUUGACAACAUUUCCAGAAACAAAUUUUUCAAUUAGAGAGUCCUUUUUUGUCCGAUUAGACGUAGGAACUUAAAUUCUGGUAAGAAAUUAUAUAAAAAUAAUAAGACAUUUUUGUUUGUUUCUUUUUUUUUUUUUUUUUUUUUUUUUGUUCUUUUUUCCAUUAAAAUUUACAAUCAUUUAAGUAUAUAUUCAUAUUGUCUUAACGUAAGUGCAUAUGCCACUAUGUUCAUUAUACAAUGUGCCUAUAUCACACAACGGUGCCAAAAUCCAAAGGCUAAAUUAAUCAUUGUUUGUUUUAAGAAUGACGUGUUUUCGUUUGUUUGACAAUUGUUCUGUUUUGUUUGAAUUAAGAGUUUACAAUUUUAUGAUGUUUGAAACAUUAUAGAUGUCUAUAUUUUACUUAUAUAUUUUAAUGUAUUUGUUUUUGUCAUUUUAAACCUUGUUUGUUUUAUGAAUUUGUGAUUAGCAUUAUUAUAUUUUAGAAUUUUAAAACUUCACAUAGUGAUAUUAAACAUUUUAUUGAUCUUUUUAUUGUUGAGUGCGUUAACAUGAACAUUUUUUAUUCUAAAUUAAUACGCUUACUUUGACAAAUCUGAAUGGGGAAUUUUAACAAUCAAAUUUACAAAUUGGGAAAUUUAAUAGUUAAAUUGACAAAUUGGGGAAUUUUAAUAGUUAAAUUGACAAAGUGGAAAAAGUUAAUAGUUAAAUUGACAAAGUGGGGAAUUUUGAUAGUUAAAUUGACAAAAUGGGAAAUUUUAAUAGUCGAAUUGACAAAAUGGGGAAUUUUAAUUUUUAAAUUGACAAAAUGGGGAAUUUUAUAGCUAAAUUGACAAACAGGAGAAUUUCAAUAGUCAAAUUGACAAAGUGGGGAAUUUUGAUAGUUAAAUUGACAAAGCUAAGGGUAAUUUCAAACUUCAGAUUUGAUAUAUUAACAAAAAAUAGACUGUUCAACAGUGUUUUUUUAAACUAAUUGGGUUAUUUGGUAUGUCAUUCUGACUUUUUCACAUUUUACCUUUGCACGUUUGUUAUUUCGACACUCAUCAUUUUCGUGAACUUCAUGUUUGAUCUCGUGAAUUGUUAUUAGUAUUAACACUUACCUUUGAAUCCGACUGUAAAAUAUAUAUAUGAUUGCAUAAUCAUGUUGUUUUGUUAUUAUAAACGAUUUUGAUAGUGUUUUAUUAUAAAUAAAAUUACAAAAGUCAUAUAAGAAAAACUUCCCCAUAAGUGUCAAAUAUUCUUGGUUAAAACUUUAUAAUUUUUAUUGAACAAAUGGGUUAUUUACAAUUGAGUAAAAACUUAACAGACCAGAUUUAACUGAAACAACAGUGGAUAUUAUUAAUUCCUUAUUACCAGACUUUACACUUUAUACACGUGUUGUACAUGUUUGAAUCGUAAUACAUAAUGGAAUAAUUUCAUAGUUUUUUUUACAAGAAAUUUCUACAUUUUACUUUCCAGAGAGCGAAUAUCGAAUAUUAAGCAAACUUUCUCUUAAUGAUUAAAAUUUUACAUUAUUUAAAAAUCAAUUUUCAAACUCGUGUACGGUGUUUUCAUUUAAUGUACAUGUAUAUUACCAUCCGUAUGAAGGUAAACCAAGCCAAGUUCACUGAACUUCGAAAUUUGACAAAAUAAGCGUUAAAUUUCAAUUAUAGUUUAAACACUUUAUUGUUGUUGAAUUGAAUCCCAAUUAAGAUUAAAAUAUAUACAUAAUUGUGCAAUAUUACAAAAUGAACAUACCUAGCGAUGUGCAAUAUUUAAAACUUCCUUCCAUCUGGCCUAUACAGAUGAAAGUGUUUAUUUCCCAAACUUUUUAAUGGUCAUGUUUUAGUACUUUUAUGUACAUGUAUAUAGUAAAAACAUUUUCUUUUCUUUCUUAUUUUGUCUGACAUUUUCAAAUAUAAAAAAUAUAUUUAUUCUAACCGUUAUUUUUGUCUUUUACUAUUUGUCUUGUUACAAUUUGUAUUUACUCGGGUAGUGCAAUGUGUUAUUUGUUCUAGUUGCUAUGAAAACUCGCAGGGGACUUGUUAACAGAUUUUCAAAAUUUGGUCCAAGCUUAAAAGUUAUAAAUUUAUAAAACCUUGUAGACAAGGGUUGUUUUACUGUUGUUCUUAGCUUUACCUUUUAAUCGGAUAUUACAAGUCUAAAAUAGAUUUAACAUUGUUUCCGUUGCACGGACACUUAAAACUGAUGUAAAUAUUAAAUGAUAAUGUACUUAUUUAGAUUGAGUACCCCUUAUUUAAUAUGUUAUUCGUCAAAACCUUAACCUUGAAUAUUAUAGUACAGUUUGAUAAUAUGGAGCCGCCCACACCGCUUUGACCUAAAUAUAAGUUUUUAGAUAGGGUUGUAAUCGUCAAAGAGCAUAUUGAAAGAUCACAUAUGAUUUGUUUAUACAAAUGUAAUAUACAACAUGUACACAGAUAUGUUAUAUGUACUUCACCUACAAGUUUUACAUGUUAUUCUGUAUCAUAUUUUUCAGUAACAGUAUUCACAAUGCUCUAAGCACAUCCUGUUCAGAUACAUGAAGUUAGUAUUAUUUGUAUCACCAAAAUGUUUAUUAAAAAUUUUUUGUCUCUUUAUUGACGGAUAUUAUUUCACUUUUAGUUGAUGUUAAUAUUAUUUAUUUAUUUAUAACUUUUUUUUAAAUUCUAAAGAAGUCCCAUUUUUGUAUCGCUUAUUAGCUUACUUAUAUUUGAAAUUGUUCGCAAUUUGUUUAAUCUGUUUCUGCUAUGAUUUGUUUUAUUACUAUUACUGUUUGUCCCCCAAAUCCUUUUUCCCCCAUUUCACACAUAUAUGUCAGAUAUUUAUUCCAUUUUAAAAAACGAAAUGUGAUUUUGUGAAUGUGUUGCCUGUAUAAAAGAUGAUUUCACCAGAGUGUACAUCACUACACUUGUAUAUCAUUCAUAGUAUAUGCCAAAAAUCUGAAGUAUUUAUUUAUUGUUGUAUAUAAUUGUAUACAGUCUACCAUCACGAUUAUAUUACAAAUGUUGCCGAGUAAUGGAAUAAAAUGGGAUAUCAAUUACA